AUGGUUUCCGCACUGCCGCUCUUCCUGCUGCUGUCAUGCAUAGCCCCGCGCGUCGUCCGGGCAGAAGACCUCAUGCCGCCCGAUCAGAUGUGCGUGCAGGCCGUCUUCAUGGGCUACAACUCGCUCACCUUCGCCGAGCUGUCGGCCCCGCAGCCGCCGCCGCCGCCGCCGUCCGGCAACCACUCCAGCAGUGGCGACGGCAGCAGCAGCGACGACGGCUCUGUCGACGCACAGGGCGGCGCGGACUUCUGCCGCAACUCGCUGAAGCAGACGUCCGUCUUCGCCGCCGGGAAGGUGCACUGCGCCGCUUCCGAUGCGGAAGAGGACUUCGCGCCCGUCGUCGAGCUGCUGCGGGAAUUUUGCCGGAAAUGGGGGGCCGGUGGGGAGGGCGAGCUGAUGCCUGUGCCGGAGUUGGUGAAGGCGAGGACGGUGAGGGAGUUGAGGGAGGGGCUGAGGCCGGUGGGGUUUGAGGAGGUGCCGAGGGGAGAGGUGGUGGAUGAGGUGGUGCUGUUGUCGGAUGCGUUUUAUAAGAGAUGUUUUGAAACGAUUUUUUCGUGGCGGUAUACCAUGUGGGCGCAUAAGAAGGGAGGGACUACCAUGUACGAGUUCUGGGGAAUUGUGUGCCUCAUCGCCGCGGCCGGCCAAGUCUACCGUCGCUUCCUCAGGGAUCGGAUGUCUCGAGUUCUCCACGGCGCUCGCAAAGCCUUCUCGUUCUCUAUCUUUCAAUCAGUCCUAGAAUGCGUGGAACGCUGGACUCCUGAGAGUCUCACUUAUGAACGCAUUCCCAACAUUGUUGCAACAGAGAAAGACUCUAGGUCUUGCUUCAACUUCAAGUUGUUUCCUGUGGGAGAGACGAUAGCAAUUUGGACAUACUGGGUGUUGAGUAUCACUCUCAACUUUGCCAACUAUCGGUUUUACAACGAGAGUAUUUAUUUCCCUGAGAUGCCGGAACAAGUCUUGAGAUAUUCAGCCGACCGCACCGGUAUCCUGUCGUAUGCAAACCUACCGAUUCUGUGGUUAUUUUCAGGCAGAAACAACAUCUUCAUGUGGGCAACGGGUUGGAAGUUCCCCACCUUCAUCCGCUUCCACCUGCAUAUCGCUUGGAUAGCUACCUUGGAAGCUAUCGCUCACUCAGUUCUGUAUACAAUCCUUACUUUCAACGACGGCAUCUUUUGGGUUUGGCUGAAAGUUGAUUGGUUUUUCGUGGGCGUUAUUGCAACUUUCGUGAUGACCCUUCUUCUUGUAAUAUCCACUCCGGUUUGGCUUAGAGAGAGAUACUAUGAGCUUUUCAUUGACAGCCAUAUUGUGUCCUCUCUUGCCGUACUAGUCGGUCUCUUCAUCCAUACCAGCGUUUUCGACCAUGAAUACGACUGGUAUCUUUGGCUUCCCGCAGCACUAUGGAUGCUUGACCGCUGCCUCCGCCUCUUCCGUAUUAUUUACUUCAACAUCGGCUUCAAACGUGGCCGCAUCUCCUGUACUAGAACAACCGCGACAUACGACCACACUUCCAACAUCAUCACACUCGAGAUCAUUCCGGGGCCCAGCAUUGCACCGCCCCGGCCGGGCCAGUACUAUUUUCUCUACCAACCAUUUUCCCUCCGCGGCUACGAGAACCACCCCAUGACGCUCGGGACGUGGCGACGGUACGGAGCCAAUGUGCAAGACGCCGGCGGAGAAGGCUACACCCUCACUCCAACCAUGACACCUUCGCUACCAGCUCCCCACGACGAUGAAGAUGCAGGACCCCUCUACCAAUGCACGAGCUCUCAACCCCUGCUCUCCUCCGGAAACUCCUCCCCAUCCACUUCUUCCACGCAUCUCGCUUCCCAGCCAACCCCAUCAGCAAGCUCAGCCAACAAAUCGCCCACAACUUUGACUUUCUGGAUCCGACCAUACGACGGCUGGACGCGGCGGCUGCGCGACCAGUGCAUCGCGCACGACCGCAAAGUCCGCGGCCGCCAGUCUUCAUCAGACUCGGAUGCCGGUGGUGCUGGUGCUGCUGCUGCGCGCCAGAGUAGCAUGAGCAGCAAUGGCGAAAACCCCAGCACCACGACAGCUGCUUGCCACCCGCUCAUCCUCCUCGAGGGGCCGUACGGCGCGAUGCACGCCCUGCCCGGCUCAUACGACGCCACCAUCUUCGUCGCCGGCGGCUCGGGAAUCAGCGCCGCGGUGCCGUACUUGCGGGAGCACUCGCGCCGUCUUUCUUCUCUCGCCUCUUCGCAAGCAAGUGGCCAAGAGGCGGCGGCGGCGGCAGCAGCAGAGGGGGAGGAAGAGGCGGAUGUCGAAGACAUUCGAACGCAGAAGCCCUCCGCUGCCGUCGUCCAGCUCGUCUGGGCGGCGCGCGAGGAGGCGUUCGUCCGCGACGUCGCAGAGCGUGAGCUCCGCAAGGGACUGGCGCGCGGCGAUUUCGCGGCGAAGCUGUUCUGCACGUCGACGGCGGCGGCGGCGGCGACGCCGCGGCGGGGAUCGACUCAAGCGCGAGACGGCGAGGGGCAGGAGUUGGAAGUGCACCCCGGGCGGCCGGAUGUCCGAAGCAUCAUUGCUGAGGCGGCGCAUGGCGUGUGUGAGGCGAGAGCGAGGGAGGGAAAGAGGGGGAGGGGGAAGGUGGCCGUUUUACUGUGCGGACCGCCGGCUAUGGCGAAGGGCGUGGAGGCGGCGGUGAGGGGGGUGGCGGAGGAGUUUGAUUGUUGGGUGGAUUAUUUCGAUGAGGUGUUUAGCUGGUGA